GUACGUGCGUCUGCCUGUCGGGCACCCGCAGCAUCAGCAACACAAAAGGGUCGGAGCAGCCGGAGCUGGGCUUACCUCAGCACCGAUCAGAAGGAGGAAUCGCGUUAAGCAAAAAAAAGAGAGAAGGCGACAGGGCAAAUUCCAGCCCUUCAGACGACUCUUUGGGAAGAAGAAGAAGAGGGAGGCAAAGGGGGGCUUUGAUGGAGCAGAGCUAAAGGCGAGUUUUUCUACUGGGGAAGUGUGCAAUGGAGUUGUAUCUGACGAUGAGGAGUCCAAUCAAAAUCUGAGGGAGUUGAAUCCCAUCGGAUCUCGAGCUCUCUCACACGACAGCAUCUUUAUCCCAGAGGAGCCGGUGACUGAGUCCGGUCUAGAUCUCAGCAUGUCCCAGGAAAAUGUCUCAGAUAAAGUUAGGAAUCUGCAGAGGCAGAUAGCUCAAGGUAUAAAGUUUGGCCAGAGGCCUCCUUCUCUGAGGAAAAGUGAAGGAGAUGAGGGAAGUUCAGAUGAUGAAGAGGUUCCCCAGAGUCCUCUGAAGGUUUUGGCCCAGGUAGAAGCCGAGCCAGCAAUGACAGAGCCAAAGGUCCAGGGGGCUCCACAAGCCGAAACCAAACACAGCACCCCACUGAAGUCCCCGAGGUCCAAACGAGUUCUUCCACCCACUGGUACUAUCGAGUCCAUCAAUCUGGAUGCUGUUCCGCAGUCUGUUCCUCGCUUAGACAACACCGCUGCCAAACAUAAACUGUCUGUCAAACCGAAAAACCAGAGAAUUUCUCGCAAGCACCGGCGGUUUACACAGGACCUCCAAGAGGUAUCUAUUCCUGGUGUGGUGCAAGAGGACCUCGAGGGAGCAGGCGUCUCCACAGACGAUCAGCGCAGAGCAUCUUUUGAGGAGUCUCUAGAAAACUUCAAGAAACAGAGACUCCAUGAGGAGGAAAGAAAGGAGACGAGGAGGAAGAGGGAGCUGGAGGAACAGAGGUUCAAACAGGAGGAAGAGGAGAAGAGGAAGAGAGCAGCAGAAGAGCUGAGGCUGCGUGAACUAGAGGAGGAGAGGUGUCGUAAACAACAUGAGGAGGAAGAAUGGAGGCUUAGAGAGGAGGCAGAAAGAAGGAGGAGGGAGGAAGAGGAGAGAAGGAUCAGAGAGGAAGAAGAAAGGAGGUGGCGAGAGGAGGAAGAGCGGCUGCGGAGGGAGGAGGAGGACAGGAUGCGAGAGGAGCAGGAGCGCCGACAGCGGGAGGAGGGGGAGAGGAGACAACUGGAAGAGCAGAGGAGGAAAGAGGAGGAGGAAAGGAAGAGGCGAGAGAAGGAGGAAGAAGCGAGGAGGCAGCAGGAACUUGAGGCUGAGAAGAAGAGGAAGCUAAGAGAGGAAGAAGAGGAAAAAAAGAAAAAGGAGGAAGCAGAGAAGCUGAGGUUGCAGGAGAUUGAAGAAAAGAAACAAAUGGAAGCAGAGGAGAGGAUGAGAAAGGAGGAGGAGGAGCAGAGGAGGUUGUCAUUAGAGGAGGCUGAUGGGUGCUCAGAUCCACAGGAGAGGAAGAGGAGGGCUGAGGAGCUGCGCUGGAGGGAGAUGGAGGAGAGACAGAGGCCUUUCUCUUUCAAAGUUUCCUCUGGAGAAAAACAGAUUUUGUUCCAGAAGGUCAACCUGACGCCUGUCACGCCGGCCUCCAGCCACCAGAGCGGUGCUGUAGCUGAACAAAGAGAGAGCGCUAAGGCUUCCUCUUCUGAAGCACCAGACUCCCCAAACCUGCCAACGUCUCCAUAUGUCCCCCACACAGCCAUCUUAGUGACAGGCGCCCAGCUCUGUGGGACAGCCGUCAAUUUAGACCAGAUCAAAGACACCGCCUGCAAGUCUCUGCUGGGUUUGGGAGAGGAUAAAAAGGCCCAGGGAACACCGCCGACCAAGAGCAAGACUUCACCGGACCGCAAGUCUGGCAAAACCAAAUCACUUAACGAGUCCUCGAUUUCUACAGACCAGUCUGGUGCAGCCGUCCUGGCAGAAUGGGCUAGCAUCAGAUCAAAGAUAUUCAAGGGGGUAGAGGAGGGGAAAUACGAAGAGUACCCAGACCCAAAUCGGAACCAGCCUCAACCCAGCAAUGAAGACCAGCCUGCAUUCUCCCACACGAACCUCAGGAAGACCAUGUCUGCCAGCGCCAAGUUCUCCAUCACCCCUGCAAAGAAAAAGUUUGGAGAUUCAAACAGGAACUCUGAGGUGUUCAGUGUAGAUGAUAAGGAAGCAGGAGAGGAAGCUACUCCGUCUGAUAGCCCCACUGCAGUCUCCCCAGCUCCAACCUGUAAACCUCAGAACAGGAUGAGUAAAACUGUCCGUAUUGUAGAAAGAGGGUCAGAGGAAUGUAUGUUUGCCAAAGACCUCCCCUCUUUCCUGGUUCCUAGCCCUGGAGCCAAAUUUGAGGGGCCAGAGUUGAAGAGCAGGGCUCAGAGUGAGACAGAGGUGUCUGAAAGUAGAAAGGACGGAGAGGACCGAGGCCAGGACAGUGAGGACAAGCCGUCACCUUUUGGAAUAAAGCUGAGGAGGACCAACUACUCCCUUCGCUUUCACAGCGGAGAGUCCACUGAGAAAAGGAAGAAACGAUACAGUGCUGGGGACAGCUUUGACGGUGUCCCUUCACCUCUAACCCCCAUUGAGCCAGACUCUGACGCUUCCUCUGUCUUUUCUAACAAAUCAAGUCCCACAUCGCCUCAGAAAGAAGGCGCGGUCGGCAAGUACUUAUAUGCAUCUGCUUCCCCUGCUGUCCCUCGGGCUAAACCGGGUAAGUCUACCAGCCCCACCGCACACAGCGAAGGUGAAAAAGUGUUUUCCAAGCCACCGCUCUACCGCAGACCAACCACGUCGCCCAAACCUACUGGAGCAGUCCCCACACCUCCCCCAUCGCCCCUACCUAAAGUGGCCCAUGGGCCUCCCAAGGAUGCCAUGAUCCAGAGGACAGGGGCCACAGAGUCCUCCAGCCAGGAGCUGACGAACAGGAGCGAGGAACCUUCAGCAGUGGCCCAGUUGCACCGGAGCAGCCAAGGCCAGGUCCAAGGAGAAGAGGAGCCAAAGGAGAAGAGAUCCUUCUUCCCUUCCAUUAACAUCCCUUGGAGAGAAAAGGCGGACAGAAAGACAGAGCUCAUCAGGAGAGAAAAACCAUCACUACAGAGCAGGCACUCACUGGACAGUGUGAGGGUCCAGGAAAAGGAGGCUGGGCCCUUAUGGAUCACACUGGCUCUGCAGAAGCAGAAGGGGUUCAGGGAGCAGCAGCAGAAUCGAGAGGAUCGACGUAGCCAAAGAGAGGCCAAACUGGCUGAGAAACAAGCUAGAGAUAGAGACAGUGUUACACUGGUGAGUCCCACAGAGAGCAAAGGAAGCGGGAGCACCAGUCCUUCUUCUAAACCUCAGACACCAGAGGAGCCCAAGAGACCCGACAGCCUCCUGGGACGGUUUGAGCGCCGAGAACACCUGAAAAAAGCCAACACUUUACCCAGCUCUGUCACUGUUGAGAUUGCAGACUCUACACCGUCGCCACCUGCUGUCAAGGAGGUGUCAAAGCGCUUCCCCUCCAGUGACUCUCCGCAGGUGUCCACAGAGCCGGCCUGGUUGGCCCUGGCCAAGCGAAAGGCCAAAGCCUGGAGCGACUGUCCUCAGAUCAUCAAAUAACACCUCACCUUAGCUUCACACUGGGCUCUGGCUUGCACUGAGACUGCACACUGCCCAUGGACUCUGAAGCACCUCGAGAAUCACCAUCACCUGUCCCUUCCCUCCCAAAACUUCCCAUGAAAACCCUCCUGACUGUGAAACAAGUAAAGCCCUCCAUCACCUCAUAACCCCACACAUUGGCUGGUACUCUUAUCAUGUUAAAGUGCGCUUCACAUUCAAAUAUUCCAAUACAGUCGCACAGAUAUAUGUAAACAAUUGUUGCGCGCAUGCACAUACUGUAUACAAAUACACAAAGUAUAUGUUCCAAAAAGACACAGAUAGAACAUUGCAAUGGAGUCCUCAGCAGCCAAUUACAACCAUGGCUGGCCAUUGCAAUAGCCAACCCCAAUUACUUUUUUAUUUUGUAGCCAACUGUGUCACCAUGGUUGUAAAUAAAUCAUUCACUCAACACAAUAAAAAGUGAAACACUUCUGUAUUAGAGAGGUGAAGCUCUGACAAAUGACAGCGUUUAAUCAACAGAGGGUAACUGUCUGAAUCGUGUUUUAAGGGCUACAAGUAACAAUAAGUCGACCUGUUGAAUCUGCCUCUGGACAGCUGAUGGAAGUGUUACGGGCGUCUUCUCUGCCCUUGUUGGUAUUAUUUAUGUAAAGCAGCGGAUUUAUCUAUGUUGAAAUGAUACUGUAUCUCCUCUCUGAGCCUAGUUUGUCAUGUACAAAAGAAGCCUUUUUUCUUUUUUUACUCAUACUCUUAGCAUAACAAUUCUCACUGUGUCCGUGAUGACUGUGAUAGCUGUCAAAGAGGCUAUUGUACAAUUUCGCCAUUAUAAAGUAACCAGAAUCUAUCAUAAUCACACGGUGGGUGCACCUAAACACAGCACUGAAGACCAUGUGUUACUGGGCAUUUACAUUGAACUGCACAUUAUCCUCACAGCUGUGUGAUGACGUAAUUUGGACUUUUUGCUUUACUAAUGGAGACAGACAAAACACCUGCUUGCUGUAACAUACAAUUUUUGUAGCUGUCCUCCUGUAACACACUUGUGUUUGUAGGCUUACGCCAUCACUUCCUCGUCAAUGUGAUAUGAUCUUACAUAAUAAUGUAAGCAUCUCCUCGAUGAACACCCCCCCCAGCAAUCUCAUUUCCUUCCACUCACUUAAUGAUCUUUAUGUAAAUCAGUAUGUACUGUAUGGAAGUCAAAGGCGUUACCAGAGCUUCGGUCAGAAAGAGUCACUUUGUCAUUUUGUUUCUAACGUCGGCCGUGCACAAUAGUGUAGUGUACGCAGUGUUAUAUGUAACAAGAAAAAUGUUUGGUAUUAUUUGCACUUUUUUGUCCCACUUAGAUAUUCAUGAGAAAAUUCUUAAAGAGAUACAAAAUGUUAUGAAUAAUGUAAAUUAAAUACUGAUGUCUGAACUGAAA